AUGGCAAAUAUGCAAGAACUCCUCCAGCAGACCAUCGUUGCAAUGGAAAAACUGACGGUUUCCAGGCCUACGCAUGAACCACCUAAGGAACAGAUGAGGGCGCCUAUACCUAAAGUACAGGCCGCCAUAGUUGACCAUGUAGACACAGUUGACCCAAAUUCGAACCCCCUCGAUGUAGACAACAAAGAGGCGACUGUGUCAUCAGCUAAAACUAAGGCAACCAUUAAAAACGACAAGAGUGUGCCGAAACCUACAGUGAAGACCCCUACAAUUGCUGUUCCUGGCCUCGCGAGCACCCUUAUCGACAGCAGCAAAGUCCGUGCUGGCGAAGCAUCGGCUCUAGCCAGUUCGAGCUCGAGGCCCCCUGAAGCGAAGGUGGCCAAAACUGUACCUCAGGACUCCGGACAGGAUCGUGAUCAUGGUCUAGUUCCUCAGGGGUCGCAAGAAGCAACUUCAGACAGUUUAGACGGCCAAGCAGUCACACCAUCAAGUCCGAGCUCCAGACUCACUGCAACAAAUGUGGCGAAAACUGUAUGUAAGGGCCCACGACACCAACAGGAUCGUGAAUACUGUCUAGUUGUACAGGGGUUACAAGAAGCCAUUUCAGACGGCUCAAACGACCAGGACGAUCCGGACCUGGUUUCCUCUAGUGAUGUUCUGAGCCAUCUGUUUUCGCCAGGUGAAGAAUUCGAAUUUCUGAAGUCAUUUCGGAUCGGGAAAAGGCCGGCAGAUACCGCAGAUGUUCCGCGCCGAGACCGCUAA